ACACACACAUGCUCGUGCUGAGCCCUCUCCUCCUGCUUGGCUACCGCGCCGACGCGCUCGCCGGCGGUGUCGUGCCAAGUAGCAAUCAGCCGCUGCGGCGGACGCCAGCGCCCAUUGCCGCUCUGCGGGACGCUCGCUAUCGCAAGUCGACUGACCUGUACAAGCGCCUCGAGCAGGGCCGCGGCGGUGGCCCGACCCGCCGCGCGGCGCCGGUCACGAAGCCCGUGCUGCUCGCGCCGGCGGGUGGCUGGCCGCAGGUCGAGGCGGCGAUCAAGGCGGGCGCCGACGCGGUUUACUUUGGGUGCGCCGCCGGCCUGAACGCUCGAGCGCGCGCGACCAACUUCGGCCUCGACGAGCUGCCCGCGCUGAUGGAGCGGCUGCACGCGGCCGGGCUCGAGGGGUACAUGUGCGUCAACGUGCUCAUCUUUGAGUCAGAGAUGGCGCAGGCGGAGCAGCUGGCGAGGACGGCCGAGGGAGCGGGCGUGGACGGUCUCAUCGUCCAGGACGUCGGCCUCGCCUCGCGCCUCCACGCCGUCGCUCCCUCGCUGCCGCUGCACGCGUCGACGCAGAUGUCCAUCUCGGACAGCGACGGCGCCCGCUUCGCGUCGGAGACGCUCGGCGCGCGCACCGUCGUACUCACGCGAGAGCUGUCGAUCGACGACAUCGCUGCGGUGGCGGCGGCGGUGCCCGGCGCCAACGUCGAGGUCUUCGUGCACGGCCACAUGUGUGUGAGCUACAACGGGCAGUGCUUCUCGUCCGAGUCGGGCGGCGGCCGCUCCGCCAACCGCGGGCAGUGCCGCAUGCCCUACGGCCUGAUGGUGGACGGCAGGCUGAAGGAGCUGCGCGACGCGUCGCACUACCUGCUCUCGCCGCAGGAAACCCUGCUACCCACUACUGGCGGUAGUGACGGGCUGUUGACCCCGUCUGAUGAAGACCUCUGCGGACUCGAGCAUGUCCCGCGGCUGUUGGAGGCCGGCGUGCGGACCUUCAAGAUCGAGGGGCGUCUCAAGUCGGCGGAGUACGUGUACGUCUCGACCCUCGCGUACCGCAGGGCGAUCGACGAGGCGUGGGGGGCGCGUGAGGCUGUCUCCGCCUCCCACACCGACGUCCUCGACGCCGCGGCGCGCGAGAGACGCGCCACGCCGCCGCCGCUCGCGCCCGACGCGCUGCGGCAGGAGCACGACGGCCACUCGGCCGGCUUCUUCGACGGGCCGCGCCACCAGACCUUCGUCCGGGGCCUCUCGCCGUCGCACCGCGGCGUGUGCGCGGGCACCGUCGUGGCGGCGCCGCGCAAGAACACCGUCCGCAUCUCGCGGCGCGUGGAGCUGAGCGCCGGCGACGGCGUCGCCUUCGGCGCAGCCAGCUCCGAGGCGGGCGGGAGGCUCUGGGGCGUGAAGAGCGAGGAUGCGUCCGCCGCGGAGGGCGGCGAGGCUGUGACGCUCGAGCUGGAGGACGCAUCCAAGCUGGCCGGCGUCCGGGUGGGCGACCUGGUGUGGCGCACGCAGCACGGGGCGCUGCAGCGCCAGCUCAAAGGGCUGCUUUCCGACCCCACCGCCGGGCGCGCCCUCGUCGACGUCGCGCUGGACGGCGAGAUCGGCGAGCCGCUCAACGUCACGGUGACCGACGGGCGAGGCCGCUCAGCGUCGUGCGUGACGGAGGCCGUGUUGCAGCGUGCGACCGGGACGCCGCUGUCGGAGCAGAGCCUGCGCAAGGCGGUGGGGCAGCUUGGAGGCACGCCGUUGGUGGUGAGGCAUGUGGACGUCGGCGGCGCCGUCGCCAGCGGCGGCGCUUGGCUCCCACUCUCAGCGGUCAAGGAGGCGCGUCGCAACGCAGUGGAGCGCCUCGUCGAGGCGCGGUCCGCGCAGCGCGUGGCUGCCGCCGCCGCGUGCGCUGCUGUCGAUGAGAUCGUCAUCGAUUUUCUCGAGCUCGACGGCAUUCGCGAGGGGCUCGCGGCCGCGCGGCCAAAGGCGACGGCCCUCUGGCGCGUGCUGCUGCAGCUCGACGGCGCCGACGCGAUCCUGGCGUACCUCGAGCUGGGCGUCGCGCGCUUGGCGCCGACCUUCGACCUCGACGCGGACCAGCUGUGCGCCCUCGUCUCGGCGCUGCCGCCGUCGCUGCGCUCUCGCAUCGAGCACUGCGUGUUUGCGCGCACCCUCUCCACGGGCAACUCGUACAAGGACUGCGGCCACCCUUGCACGCGCCACUCGCUCCACCUCGUAGACGGGCGGCAGCAGCGCCACCACGUGCUUGCCGACUCGGGCUGCCGCAACACCGUCUUCAACUCGCAGCCGCAAAGCGCAGCGCCGUACCUGGCGCAGCUGCGCGAGGCGGGCGUGCGGAACAUGCGCGUCGGGCUCGCCGGCCCGCGUGGGGAAGGGACGGCGCCGCCUCUCUUCACACCCUCCGGCCGUGAGCAGGCGCGUUGA